AUGGACGAGGCAAAAGAAGUGACGGAUAUCUUCGCCCUAUCCUCAGCAGCCCAUUAUUUGAAAUGCUUUAAUUUGUUCCAAAAGAAAUCUGGACAGCUUGAAAAGAAUGCCGAGAUAUUGCAAGAACACAUCCCGCCGAUAAUUCAAGGAAUGAUUCCCGAUAGCGUUGGGCAAACAUUGAACAUUCUCAGUGCUGGAAGUGGGGACGGGAAGAUAGACCUGAUGAUACUCAAAUUAAUCGAGGAAGAGCUACGAAAGAGCAACCACGACCGCCGUGUGAAGAUCUUCAACCGAGCUAUUGAGCCUAACAAAUAUAUGUGCGACCUCUACAAAGCAGUCAUCAAAAAUCUACCCAGUUCACCAGACGAUCUCAACACAAAAUUUGAGAUCCGUCAGCAAACCUUUGAGGAGUAUCAGGGAAGCCAGAAAGGAGCAACUAAGUUCGACAUCAUACAUUUCGUUCACAGCAUCUACUAUGUUGACAUUGAAGAAACUUUACUGUGCUGUUUUGAAAAAGAGCUUAGCGACAAAGGUUAUGUUAUUUGCAUUGUAGACUUCGAAGGAAUCAUAUCACCAAUCUUUUUGAAGCAGAUCAAAUUAUGGCCCGUUGAAGACGCGGUUAGAAAGGGACACGAAACCGCUGAAAAACUAAUCACGAUCGCUAAUGAAAACGGCUGGAAACAUGAAGUGUAUACCCAUGAAUAUGAACUCGAUGUCACAGAUGUGUUUGAUCCGCGCUCAAGCGAAGGAAACCUUUUGCUGGAUUUCCUGACGCAAACAGUAAAUUAUCGCGAGGUAGCUGACAAAAAACUAGUGGAAGAAACGUUGGCUUUGAUAAAAGACUUGUCUAUUGAAAGAGAUGGAAAGAACUUUGGAGAAAAGAAAGAAUCACUGGUUAUCAUGUACAAGUAA